AUGUCCAGCUCGAUUGACAUCUACACGGUGCAAUUCAGACACGGAGAACCGUUCACAGGGAACCUCCGCGCUUUCGAAAAUCUGGAGACCUUGAAGCUUGAGACAGCGAUGACAUUCGAAGAGGUCGACGGCGCCGACGACAGUACCCCUGAUGAAGAUGUUGGGUACUCACAGGUUGGAGUCCCGAGAAAAAACUCACGGGGAGCGGGUCGGCGGACGUGUCGCUUUGGUGGAACCCGAGCAUCUCGCUGGUGUUCUGCCAGCUCCUGCGAAGACAUUGAGGCUUGUAGGAGGCUUGUCGGAUGGAGAAGCUGCUGCGGUGCUGAGAGGUUUGAUGGGAUGGAAGGAUGA